AUGCUUGAUUUUAGUAUAGCAGCUGGUGAAGAUAAAGUACGAUUCUAUAAUAAAGUAGCUAAAAAAGAAAAACAAAAAUUAAUCACCAUUACAGAUAAGUUAAAGAAAAAUAAUACAAAUUCUGAUAUGUUCAAGCAAUUAAUGGAAGCUAUUGAAGCACGUGAAAAACAUAUGAUUGAACGAGCUGAUUAUAUUACACAACAAAAACUGAAGUCUUUUUUCGACGAAGCUCCGGCGUCACACGACACUUCAAUCAACCAAGCUGGCGUCGGAGCAAAUCAAAAUUAA